AUGAGUUUAUGGCACUCCAUGUUCAUCGGUGCCAUCGUGAAUCAAGCAGUCGUACACCGCAGUAAUUACCGUCUACGGAACAAGUACGGUUACAAUUUUGUGUACCACGAACGAAUGGCCAUCGGUGGUUUCUGGAUGCAAUUGGUUGCUAGCUUUGGAUUGAUCGUGGUGAGCAUCAUGUUGUUCUUCAGCUGGACUCGAGCACUAAUCAAGCGGCUGGUGCGCUCCCCCGGCCAAGGUCCAUCAGAAGAGUCCAUGCUGCAAGGUUACUUUGUUGCAGAGGCCGCGGGGUACUCAGAAGACGGCAAAUUGGCGAUAAAAGCGAAUGUACUGGGAUCAGGAGAUCCGGGCUAUAGUCUUACGUCUCGUCUCGUGUCGGAAUGUGCCUUUUGUCUGGCUAACGACGAGUUCGGUGAGUCCACAAGACUUGAAGGCGGCUUUUACACGCCGGCCAGUGCAUUUGGCCACAAGCUGGCCAACCGCAUUCAGACUAAAAAGCUGAUCACGAUCGAGCUUAAGGACACGGCCUAA